GUGGGAUCUGACGAAUGGCACAAACAACGCCGUGAGAAUCACAAGCAAGUUGAGAGAAGACGUCGUGAAAAUAUUAACGAAGGAAUCAAUGAGAUUGCCCGGAUAGUGCCUGGCUGUGAAAAAAAUAAAGGAUCCAUCUUAAAUCGUGCGGCUGUCUACAUACGACAAUUAAAAGAUACCGAAGCUGCUACAUUAGAAAAAUGGACACUUGAAAAGUUAUUAACAGAUCAAGCUAUCAGUGAACUGAACAGACAGGUCGAA